AUGGACAAUGAGCUCGGUAAGGGGGUGGGAAACCAGGCGAAGCUCUUGUACCGUCGUCUCGUCGGCCAACGGCCUCAUCUUCUCGCCCUCACGCUGCUCCUCGUCGUAUCUUGGCUGGUGCUAAUGACCCUGCUGUCACUUGACGGCGUGUAUGCCCUUUUGCACGGCGCACAUGGCGUCAUGGCCGUGUCUGUAGCAGGCGCAGUGGCGGCUGCCUACGUUUACGCCUUGUCGUUGCGGCCGGUGUACCUGGUGGACUUCGCCGGCUACAAGCCUGCGCCGGCGCACGAGUUGACCCGCGCCCGCACCAUCCACCGCUACGGACUAACUGGUGUGUUCACCGCAGAGAGCAUGAGUUUCCAGAAGAGGGUUCUGGAGCGGUCAGGGCUCGGCGAGGCGACCCACCUCCCUGCAUCUAUUAUCAGGGUGCCGCUCGACAUAUGCCUCCGCACGGCGAACGAGGAGUCCCACGCCGUGGUUUUCGGUGUGAUCGACCACCUGCUGGCCAAGACCCGCGUGCGGCCGGACGACAUCGGUGUGGUCAUCGUGAACUCCAGCCUCUACAGCCCCACGCCGUCCUUCACCUCGCUCGUGGCGAACCGCUACUGCUUGCGCGACGAUGUCGUCACCCACAACCUUAGCGGCAUGGGCUGCAGCGCCGGCGUCAUCGCUAUUGACCUCGCCAGGCACCUGCUUCAGGUGUACCACGACACAUACGCACUGGUUGUCAGCACGGAGAAUAUCACCCUAAACGCCUACUUGGGCAACACCCGGCCCAUGUUGGUGACCAACAUGCUGUUCCGGGUGGGGGGCGCGGCAGUUCUUCUGUCGAACCGCUGCAACGAUCGGCGACGCGCCAAGUACCAGCUGAUCCAUACGGUGCGCACGCACCAUGGCCCUAGCGACAAGAGCUACGCGUGCGUGACGCAGGAGGAAGACGAGGUCGGCAACUUGGGCGUGUCACUUUCCAAGGAUCUCAUGUCCGUGGCCGGCGACGCGCUCCGCACCAACAUUACCACCCUUGGCCCCCUUGUUCUACCGCUACGUGAGCAGCUCCGGUUCCUUGGCGCCGUCGUGCUCAAACGGGUGUUCGGUACGACAGUGAUGUCGUGCCUCCCCGACUUCACUCUGGCGCUGGAGCACUUCUGCAUCCACGCGGGGGGGCGAGGCGUGCUGGACGAGCUGCAGAGAAGCCUGAAGCUUGGUGAGUGGCACAUGGAACCAUCGAGGAUGACCCUCUGCAGGUUCGGCAACACGUCGAGCAGCUCGCUGUGGUACGAGCUCGCCUACUGCGAGGCCAAGGGCAGGAUCAAGAGGGGAGACCGCGUGUGGCAGAUUGCGUUUGGCUCCGGGUUCAAAUGCAACAGCGCGGUGUGGAAGGCGCUCAGGACGGUCGACGGCGCCGUUGCCGUGGAGGAGGGAAGCCCCUGGGCGCAAGACAUCGACGUUCUUCCGCUCCAUGUGCCCAAGGUGACGCCCAUCGAUGAAGAUGUACCAGCUGUGUAG